AUGCGGCUCCUCUUUCUCCUGGAGACCCUUGCAGUCGCGGUCAAGCCGCCACAGGCUCUCCUAGCCAAGCUGAUUGCUGAGCCGGAGGAUCAGUUCUUUGCGCAGCCUGCCGAGAAUGAGCAUGAUCAGGGCCCGCCUCGUCCAUUCUGGGUCUUUGAUGCAGAUGCACUGGCAACAAACGAGGCUUGGAACUGCGCCUUCGUAAUGGCAGCAGCUGGAAUCUUGUGUGCAGCAGGGGGUAUCGGUGGAGGAGGGAUUUACGUCACAGUCCUGAUGGUCGCUGGAGGUCUGCCCGUGAGGGAUGCUGUCCCGUUGUCUAAAGCUGUGGUCUUCAUCGGGUCGAUCUCCUCUCUCUUCCUGAACCUGAGGAAGGCGGCGGCCAGCAGCGAUGCCUUGAUCGAUUACAACGUCUGCCGACUGGUGGUGCCUGCUGCCUUGGUGGGCACCUAUCUGGGGGUCCUCCUCAACUCCUUGGUCCCAACCUGGGCGGUGCUGCUGGCGCUGGUGGGGAUUUUGGUGGCCAUCUCCUACAUGAUCCUUCGGACAACCUGGCAGCAGUAUGCAGAGGAAGAGCAUUUCAGCCACCCACCGAUACCACCGGUGCCUGCUAACUCUUUAGCCAAAGAGCUUAAGACAGAAAGCGUUCCAGAAGUGAGCGUGAAGUGUGUUCGAGAGGUGCAAACUGUCACGAGAACAGAUGUCAUCCUUUCGGCCGCCAUGCUCUUUGUGGUGGUGACUGGAAGCGCGUUCCGCCACCACGCUAUGCAGUGCCAAAAGGCGCACGAGAAGGAUAGGGAGAAGGCUUGCCAUCAUCCGACCCUCUUCUGGUUGGAGUCAGCGACUCUGCUGUCGUGGAUGCAGAGCCCAACAAUAGCCGCCUUCAUCAAGGUCUUCUUCUUCCUGGGACCCAUGCUACUCUGCCUCCUUGUCCUCGGCUACGUGGCCAAGAGUCUUGCAAACGACGGUUGGUCUUCCUCCCUGCUUGGGAAGUUCAGCUUGAUGAGUGCAACGACAGGGUGUUUAGCAGGCUUUGUUGGGAUUGGAGGAGGACUGAUCUUUUCGCCUUACUUCCUGUUGAUGGGCCUCGAGCCAGCGGUUGCUGUGGCAACUUCCUCUACCUGUGUGAUCUUCACUGCUUCAUCGACCACCUUUCAGUAUCUGCUGACCGACCGCGUCAUCAUGUCUCUGACGCUCCUUUACGGGACAAUCAACUUGGUGUCUUCGUACUUGGGGACCUCCUUGGUCCAUUGCUUGCAGGAUCACCUGAGCGCGCGUCGGUCCGCCAUCUCGGGCAUCGUGUCCUUGGGGGUGGUGAUCAGCACCAUCUUGGCCUUGAGACAACUCACCAUUGAGGUUCUCUGA